UUUGCGAUUAGUGCACAAUCGAUACUUAUGCAGCCCACUUAUACCGGAUCUAUAAACUGUGCUCGCUAUUUUACGGAUAUAACCCUUCUAAACGGCGACACUCGGCAAUAUACGAAACCUACUCGAGUCAAGAGUCAUUUCCGCUAUUGCAACCCAGUUAUCCAAGUCACGCAAUAUCGCCCCUGGCUGGAGCGGUCCGAAGGCGCAACAAAGAGCCCUUCGCUACUUUGAAAUAAACCAGAAGGGGUUUCCUCGGCUCUUAAAGCUUAGAUCUGUCAGCUGUGAUCUUGACAUGGAGAAAUCCGCCAUGCCCGAAGCCGUUAGCAAAAAUCUAGACGCACCAUCGGCCCGUGCGCCAUUUAAUGACGGCUAUAUGUCAACUGGACUCGGUCAGUGGGAUACAGCGCGAAUUCCUGUCCUACCCCCUAUCUAGUUUUGUGGCUGAAGCUUUAUAUAGCCCGUGUUCGCUUGCUAGAGUAGAAUUUCCAGUCAUGACUAUAGAGCAGUAGAGUAUAGGCGUAUAUGGUUAUGUGGUACCCAGAGUCUUAUCCCGGAUGGGGAGGUAUCCCUUCGCUCAGACACAGAUACGAGGACGAGGAAGAUGAUUCACACGUUAAGAGGCCCAUGAACUCGUUCAUGAUAUGGGCCAAAGUGAUGAGGCGUAAGUUUGCGGAGGAGAAUCCUAAGCUACACAAUGCGGAGAUCUCGAAACUAUUGGGCAAAGCGUGGAACGAGCUCACAACCAAGGACAAGAGGCCGUUUGUAGAAAAAGCCGAGCGCUUGCGUAUUCGACACAUGAAGGAACAUCCAAACUAUAGGUACACUCCUAAACGCCGAGGACGACAAGAUAGAAGGAACGGACAGAGGAUAAUGUCUAGCUUUAUAGAUUCUUCGUUUAUAAACACGAUGGUGACAAACAGAGGGCUGGCAUCCACACAUGAGGCUUUUCCCAUAGAGCCUCCGUACAGCCCAGAUGGGUUUAUGGAUCCCGGGCAUUACUACCAGUAUGGCACGGAUAGCAGUGAGUAUGGACCGGUAAGCGCCGAGGGUUUCCAUUACGGACCUCAAAGAAGGUACUCGUGCGUUAAACUUAACGGGACGAGUAUGGCGCAGAACUAUCCACCGGACACCGUCUGCCCGCAAGCUAGAAUCCAGGAGAAAAAAGAUCUAGAAAAAACGGAACAGGAGGAAGGAUGUGAGGUGUACGCGCCGCGCGCGUCUUGUAUCCGUGGACCGAGACUCUCAGCGCGCCGGCAAACAGAACACGCGAUUGAGCCACGGAGCUCUUGCCGGUUCAGUUCAGUUACAAGCGAAUAUAGUAACUCAGACAGCGAAGAAAGAAGACCAGAACCCGAACCGGUCCUGGAACAAUUAUCGGACUUACUCUGCGAUGAUUUAGACCGUAAUGAGUUUGAUAUGUAUCUCAAGCCUUAUUAACUGUUCAUUACUUGAUUAGUAGACUUUUAGUAGUCCUAUUAUCGCGGCUAGUGUACAUAUGCUGGUCGUGUUGGACCUUCACGGCUUGAUCAAAGCAUACUUGAACCAUAUUACGAUACACGUAGAAUGAUAGGUUAGACUUCUGUACGGAGGGUUCACCCAGACGGCAGGAAACGCUGAUUGAAAUAGUGCAUGGCCCUGUGUUGAAUCUAUUUUAUUGCUGUUGAAAGGAACAAGUGGUGUAUUCGUGCGGUUAAUUACCAUAAGCUGAUAAUAAAAAGUGCAUUUUCACCAGCA